UUUGACAUAAAUUGUACAUCCCCAUGACAACGUUUGCCUGAUCGGAAGCCAAUUUCCAGUUAAAUUCUGUUGUUUUUUAUUGAAGGCAACUUCUUUAUUAUUGUCAUAGCCAACUUUACUAUGGCCAAGACCAUAUCUGUUUCAGAGGAUACGUCCAUAGCUACAUCUGGGAAAUGGUUUUGGAAAGAAGAAACACAAUCGCUUGAAUUCCAACCAAGUGCUACGCAACCACUCGACCAGAAAGAUAAGAAGAAUCAGAGGAAGAAAAAUCAUACAUUUGGAGAAACAGGAAACAAGAAAGAUAGAGCCACGCCCAACCGGUUUGAUGCCAAAGGUCAAGGAGGAUCAAAAGGGAAUCAGGGUGUUGGUGCUAGGUCAGCAAAAUCACACAAGGAAAAGGACAAAACUGUGACAUUGCAGAGAGUCAAGUCUGUUGCGCUUUUCAUGCUGAAUGAAGUCAACUUUUCCACAGAAUCAUUUGAGAUUUGCUUAUAUGAACUAGACCAAUUUGAUGAGUUUCUUCUCGGAUUACUGAACUACUUUUCAAGUUACUUUGACAGACUUGUUUUGGAAAACAAACCCAAACAGAUGACAACUGAGCCCAGUUUUGCAGAGCAAGCUGCGAUGGCUGAAAUUACAGAACGCAUGGAUGUAGCACAGAGGCAUCUUGCACGAAGCUACUGUAUUCUCAUCCUUGGUCUUGGCUUACAGGAUCACCAUCACAUGGGAAGUGGAACGCAAAGACAGUCAACUACAAAAAAAGAUAGAGAAAUAUAUGAAACAUUGUACAAGUUUUGUGUAUAUCUGGUAUGGCUGGUAUUCAGGAGGAAAGAUCAUGAUCUAAUCAACAAAGAACUUGGAAGAAUCUUGCGAUCUGAUGUAUUCAACCCUGCUCUGCGAGUCAAGAAUUCACCCGAAGAAGACAAUGAGAAUGAAGAAGAAUUCCUCAGAGAUAUUUCUUUUGUUCCAGCCAUCACUCCAGCUGAAAGAAGAAGACAGAAUAGAGAUAGACCUUCAAUUACAAAUAUAAUCAAGACGAGAUCACCAGUUCUCAAGUCAUUACUUCCUACUCCCAAAGAAGCUAAUGAAUAUUUGUUUGGCAAGAUGACACUAGAUGCAUCUGGAAAAUCUCAAACCCCAGAUUCUAAUAAGGCAUUGGCUGGGAGGGGAAGACCUACCUUCUUCAAGAAAAACAUUGGUAUCAUCGGUGAACCGUUGAACCAGUUCAACCCUCAGACCCUGGCACCUGUUGGCUCAGAGCAAGAUGAAGAGACGGAGGAGGACCAGACAAAGAGAGAAGGGUUUGCAGGGACGCCAACCAAACCAGCACCGAUGCAAGGUGGAGUGAGCCGUCAGAUGACUUCCCUGUCACAAGCGACAGAUGUUUUCUCAGAUGAUGAAGACUGAAGUGCAUACAGCUUGUUUUGUCUUUGUAAAAGAUAUUUUUAUGAUUCCGUCCUUUCUUCUUCUUAGAGAUACCAUUCCAUAGAUCCUAUUAUAUCUCAUAUAUGAACUUUUUCACCUUGAUCAGUGGGCUCAAAUUUGCCUUGAAUAAAGUAUGACAUGCAAAAGAAAUAAAAUAUAUCAAUAUUUUGUUAAUAUAUUUGUUGAAACGCAGUACUAGUAAGAUGAUGAGAGAUUAACAUGUACUAUACUGAUGAUGUAAAUGUUAGAGGUCAAAUUGGUCAUGAAAUUUUGAGCACUGAGUCUAUUAAUCAUAGGGGGCCCACUUGAAAGCUCAAUCUAAUAUUCUGUUGGAGUGAGAAAGGAAGGAGAUGGGAGAAAGAGAAAGGAAGAGAGACAGAGGAAGAGGAGGGGGUAGAGUAAGAGUAUUAUUAGAGUGUGAGUGCAAGAGAAGGAGAGAGAAGGGGGGGUUAACAAAUGUUUCUAUUUGCAAGUGAACGUACCUAAAAAUAACAGUUAAAGGUUUGGUAAAGUUAUGGAGCAGGCUAAGGGGGUAAGUUUUGCAUCUUUAUUUUUUGUAUGGUACUUUGAUUAAUUGUGUAAUACUAGAUGAUUGUUGCAAUGAUACCAUGUUGAUACACGUACAACUUUAUAGAUACAUCCCAUUCUACUUUUGUGUAAUAUUUCCUCCUCUGGUAUUUUUUAACAAUUGUCUACAUUUGUGACAAAAAAAAUCAUUGUUGUAAAAUGAUUUCUGUACUUCCCUUUUUCACCUUUAAGUGAUUUCAAAGAGCCCUUUGUAUGAGUUAUAAUGUUGUGAUUAUUAGCUAUUACAGUAUCAUUUAUUUAGAGUUUGGUUUCUUCAAAUUUUAUUUCUGAAAAGAAGAGGGUGACGUACUUGCUGGGCAAGUUAUUUUAAGGAACUUUCUGUGUAUUUUGUAUAUCUAUUUAUUUAAAGAAAAUAUGCACAUGUUUUAGCCAUCUGCUUUGAGAUUGUAAUAGUUUCAUUCAUUUGUGAAUUAGUCCCAUAAAGAUUUUGCAUGGCAUGGUAAUUUGGAAUAAUGUUCAGUGUGCAUUGUGAUAUGUAUUACUAAGCAAAUUUGGAAUUACCAAAUAAGUUUAAGAUUGUUUUCAAGUGUACACUGAGCAGAAGUAGAAUUUAUGUCCCUACAGUUCUCAUCUUAUUACCUGAUAAACAACAAGUAUAUAAUCUGCAUGUAGAAAUAAAAAAAAUUAUUACAGUAAUAUAAAUAUGAUAAAAAGGGAAUUGACAAAUGCGUGUCGACAUGUAUAUUGAUUCAUGCUGUUUAUCCCUUCCAUCAAUGAUAAAA